GUCCAACAUUUCAAAAUGGCGACCACUUUGGAAGAUAAUGCAAUUUGGGAUGAUGGCGAGGUUUGUGCAUUUUUCUUUCAAAUUUUUCAAACUUUUUUGUCCACUACAAAUAAUAAAGAAACUUAAGUUUAUAUCCAAUAUUAUUUAGUCGUCAUCGUUUAAAUAAACGUGGUAUUGGCAUAUUAAACAACAAUUCAAUUUCUAUUAAAAAUUGCUAAUUUGAAUUUAGUUUAAACUGCUGGUCAUAUAUUUAUAAUGAUUAUAGCUUUGUUACAUACACGCGUAAAAAUCAACAACUUGUUCCAGGUUGAUAUCAACAGGCGUGAACAAGGUUGUGCGGCCCACCCAGACUACAGAGUACGGCAAGUGCACACCCGAGAUUUUUUUUGGCCAAUGGUAUUGCACACUUAAACAUAUUUAAAAUAUUUUCCAGUUUUGUCAGGCAUUAAAAUAAGGACUUCUAAGACAAGUGUAAUAUAACAACCACCUGAAAAUCGGGAACGCUGAUUCAUGGGCGCAAAUGAAAAAUGUCCAUUAAAGUUUCGAAUUUCUAUCUACAGCAGAGUUUUGCGAUCAUCAGGUUGUUAUGAUUAAACAAAACCAUAUAGCAUGUAAGCAUGCACACAAGAGAACUUAUAAUUGGUCCGAUUUCCUCGAGGCGCCACCAUGGUUGGCGCCGAGCGGAAAAUUUUUGAAAUUUGGAGUCCCUACAUUGUCGGAAAUGACAUUUUCGAGUGCACACUUUUCCAUUUACAACUCAAUUACAAGGACAUGCACAUUUUCCUUUUACAGGACACAAAGUGUAUCAAAAACGCGCUAUUUUGUACGUGUUCAUAAUGACUUUUAACUCCGAUCGAAAUAUAUAUUCUUGUUUGUUCGUCAGAAUUUGGACCACGUUUUGUUUUCCUGAGAGGCAGAAAUUUCAGUUAUUUGUACAAAUAAACAAUCAUUGUUUAAUAUCAUUAGAACAUGUAGCUAUUUACAAGUGCACACUUGACUACGUUAACUGAGGAUUGCACACUUGCACACCUGAAUUUUUGUCUUGCACACCCGAGAUCUCGUCGAAAACUGCCAUACUCUGCAGUCUGGCGGCCCACUAUGAACAGUAUUGUGACUAUUGUCAACAAGAACAGCUUUAUUCAACUGUAACAACUUGGAACAACAUGGUUGACAACUUGUUCAUAGUUGGCCAUACAACAUUGUUCACGCCUGUCGAUAUCAACUUGGAACAACCUGUGCGUUUUUAGCCGUGUAGAUAGUAAAUGAUAGUAGUGCGAUAGUAACCGUAACCAGUAAAUGUCUGGUAAACAAUUUGAGAGUUAAAACACUUGGAAAAUUUAAACAGACUGCCAGGUUCACUCAGGCUGGAAUUAAUCCAUGAAAAUUUUAUGCCUGAGGUUAUGUCAAUAAGCCACUGACUGCUUACACCACUCACCAGGUGAGGCCAAUGGAAGUGAGGUAUCAGUUUACCAUCACCCGUGCAUGUCUAUUUUAGGUGAAAUUUUUCAGUAUUUCGUGAUUUUUUCAAUAUUUGUAAAAUUUGUAUAGGAAGUGUUUCAAAAAUGGCUUUCUGUUGAAAUUAUUGGCAAAUACUGACUUUGUUUAUACAGUUAGCGAAGCCAUAGCCUGCGUAGCGAAGCCACAGCGAAAGAGAGUCAAAGACAAAAUUUGACAAAUUCAAAUUGUGAAAAAUGAUGAAUAAUGAAAAAAAUCCGCAUCAACUUUUGAAAUUCUAGGUGACGGUAAACUGAUACCUCACAUCCAUUGGCCUAAAUUGAUUGCAGUCGAUACACUUAUUUCAAAUAUCAAUCUUUCAAUAUUCAAAAAUCUUCACAAUAUUACACAAAAACAUCAAAAUUGCCAAAUAUUUUAUUUUAUCAGUAAGAUUUACACCAGUGGCAUAAAUAUAUCAAGAACAUUUUAUGCCGGAACACCUACAGUUUCCAACCUGGACAGAUUGGGAUGGGAUUUGAGCCUGUAUUCUUUGAGUUCAUAUGUGCCCAGGAUAGCCGAAUCCACAUUAGAGGACGGGAAAUUUGUCUAAGAUGAGAAACUUGUCUAAUAUAAAUCUGGCAACAGACAAGUUUUCCAUCUCAACUUUUCCAUCUAACUUUGCCCAAACAGAUCGAAAAGUUAUACAAGAAUCUAUUCUAGAUGAGAAACUUGUGUCAGUGGUGUAACUUUACUAGUUUUUUGACCACUUGCACUCUGGGGAAAGAAAUAUGAAAUAUCUGCUCUAAAAUGACUGGCUGUUCAGUCACUUUAUUUUAAUAUUUUAUUUUUGCGAACGUGAUAGGAAAUUGAUCAGGAAAUUCUGCGUAUGUCCACAGAAGAAAUUACAAGUCGUACCAGGCUGUUGGACAAUGACAUAAAGGUACUUCGAAGACUAGCAAGUUUCAUUGAUGCUUUUUAAAAAACAUAUUCUUACAUCACUGUAUAUUUCUUUUCUUUGUAAUUGUAGAUCAUGAAAAGUGAGCUAUUGCGUGUUAACCAUGAACAACAGGCAAUGAAAGAUAAAAUAAAAGUACGAAAAUAGUAUAGAAAAUUAGAAAUAAGCAUCGGAACAAUAGGGAUGCAACUUUGACGUUUUGAGCAAGGGCCUGCUUUCCAUCAAGGCCAUUACAUCAGAAAAUUAUAGGCUGUUUUGAUAGUAUAAUCUAAGUAAAGAGAAGGGAAUCAAACACCACAGUUAAAAAGAACAUGUAAUGAAAUUUAGUAAACUUGCAAAAUUUGGUUGCGAAAUGUUGUAAAGCUUGGAAAAUAUAGCCUUGCGUAGUUUGCAAAUUUUGUAUACAUGCAUGUUUGUAUUAUGUGCAGAAAUUGUUAGCAUUAACAAUUUCCGCGCGUAAUACAAACAUAUACAAAAUAUGCAAUUAUAUGCUCCGUAUUUUACAACAUUUUGUAACCAAAUUUUGCAAUUUUACCAUAAUAUUUAAAUAUCUAUUUCUUUUGUAUCUUGUAGGAAAACACAGAAAAAAUAAAAGUGAACAAAACCUUGCCAUAUCUUGUCUCAAAUGUGAUUGAGGUAAUUAAUAUAUUUAAUUGGGUAACUUACUAAAAUUACUACAAUAUUUAACAAGCUAUGUUAUGUAUUUGACAAAAGAUAUGGAACAUGUAAAUUUGUGUGGUAUUUUGUGGUACAUACACCUGUAUAUGCAUUCUCUUGCUCCAAACAAGCAUAAUGAUUAUGUGUCUAAACAUCCAGGAUCUUGACUACAUUCCUAUGCCUAGUAUUAUGUACUGUUAAUAAUCAAGCUGCUAUAAACACAAGUUCCAUCAGACAUCACCAUCAACAAAAUGUCAAUUUCACAAUUAAUGUUAGGAAUGUAGUCACAUUUAAUUACAAGUGUUUUGAAACAUGACAUGGGUAAUUCCAUGGUAGUGAUGACAUUUUUUGAAAAAAAAAAUUGUCAGAAGCUAUUGGAAACAAUUGUGAACUGAAAUAUUGAGAUGUACUUUCUAUGUAACAUGAGUUAUGUAACAUGAGUCACGUAACAUGAGUCACAUGUAUUAUGUAGCAAUCCUUACUAUUGUAAUCCAAAAUAUAAAAUUUCUUUGUGUUGGUAGUUUGCCUUACAUAUAGUCUGUAACUUGAUAGACAUUGUAAGUUUCUCUUUCCUAUGGUUCCCAAAGAAAUUCAAAAGUAGUUAGGUUGGUGUUACCUCAUGUCACUUUGUCGUAACAUGAGUCACACACCAAUUUACGGCCACCAAUCUUGUCAUGUUAUAAUCAAAUGUUUAAUUUUUACUGUGAAUCAGUAGCUUACCAUUAUUUGUACCUGCAUGCAAACAUGUGACAGAAAAAAAUAUAUUUAUUUAGUUAUUACACCAGAUCAAAAUUACUCUGAUAGUUUGGUUCAGAAUGUAACAUGAGUCACCAUGGAAUUACCCACAUGUUAUUUUAGUCAAGGUUUUGGUAAUAUGCAUUCAAGUAUUAAAAGUUUAGUAACUAAUACUGCUGGAGCUUGCUAAUGAUUAUAUUAUUGUUUUUAGUUGCUUGAGGUCGAUCCACAAGAACAGGUAAGAACUAUGACCAAAUUUCUGUCCAACUUUCAGUUUCAUUUCAAGCACAUCAUGUAAUUUUGUUCAACUCUAUAUUUUAGGCAGAAGAAGAGGGUGCAAAUGUUGAUCUGGACUCCCAAAGGAAAGGAAAAUGUGCUGUUAUUAAAACAUCGACAAGACAGGUAUAAUCUUUAUAAGUUAUAUUUUUUAGGUAUGUGAAUUUUUAAAAAAGUUCUUGGAAAAGGUAUAAUUAUUAAAUUUAUGCUAAAUGUGUUUUUUAUUUCUUAGACAUAUUUCUUACCAGUCAUUGGACUCGUUGAUCCAGAAGAACUCAAACCCGCAGAUUUGAUUGUAAGUGAAUGCCAAGUUUAUCUGCAUCACAACCCUUCCACCAACCCAACCCACCCCCUGGAAAAUCUAUGCCCCCCUCUCCCUUUGGAUAAGUUUUAAGCUCCUCCCACCAGUGUAGCUUUCCCAGGCUAACUGCCUGUAAUUAUGCAGGCUGGUGUUGAAUUUGAGAUUUGCAAAAGUAGCACUUCUCGCGACUGAGAAAAGCUUUAAAUAGUAAAGUAGUUCUAAUAAAGCCCUAAAAUAUCUCAGUGAUCAUGCAUAUUUGCAUAAUUUGCCAACAUUUUUUAUACACAAUCUCAAUUAUCUACUGCAUAUAUAAAGAGAAUACUUCAUAACACAAUUAACAUAGGGCGACCUGAAAAUUUUUUAAAAAUUCGACCUUUGUACGAAGGCUUAUACAGUCGCUUAUACAGUCACUUAUACAGUCUAUGACAUUGGCAAGAUCUGCUUUUGUCAUAAUUUGUAACACUUUUAUCUACCGGUAUGUAUUUAUUAUUCUCAAUUGAAUUCUCAUUCCCCUACACAUACAGGGCGUAAAUAAAGAUUCCUAUCUGAUCCUUGAGAAGCUACCAACAGAAUACGACUCGAGAGUCAAGGCAAUGGAGUUGGAUGAAAGACCGACAGAACAAUACAGUGAUAUUGGAGGCUUAGAUACACAGAUUCAGGAGGUACAUACGACUAAUGUGCACUUGGAAAAAAAUUGCUAUAGGAAUUCCUGUAGAAAAUUUGGACUCAGUUAACUUGAAGCAGGCUUUUGCCAGGAUUCUUAAAGAGGGCAUCCAAUUUCCAUGAAGACACACUUGUAGCGGGUUUCUGGACUAUGUCCCUUCGGAAAAACUUUGAAUUUGGGAUCUCUUAAGUUUUACAGCUCUUCAUUUCAGUAUCUACGUGGCACACUAAAGCUCAUUCAAGGUUUUUAAGGAAAUCGUUGAAAACGAUUUUCCCCCAGAAUUUUUCGUGUCCAAAGGCAUCUCUUUUUUCGUUGUAGGGCGUCCCAUGAUACCUGGACGCCCAAUGGACCUUUCACCUUUUGACUAAAAUUUAGAUUUCAACAAGUCUAGACAAAACUUUUAUCACAGCUUGAAAGAGCAUCACAAAAUUAGUAAUAUUCCGAAGUUUCGUUGCGAAAUGUUGUAAAAUGCGGAUAAUAUAGCCUUGCGAAGUUUGCAAUUUUCAGUCAUUUUGUAUUACAAACGGGGAAGGAGGUAUGUAUUUCCCGCGCGUAAUACAAAAUGACUGAAAAUGGCAAACUUCGCAAGGCUAUAUUAUCCGCAUUUUACAACAUUUCGCAAUGAAACUUUGGAAUAUUACUAAUUUUGUGAUGCUCUUUCAAGCUGUGAUAAAAUUUUUGUCUAGACUUGUUGAAAUCUAAAUUUUAGUCAAAAGGUGAAAGGUCCAUUGGCUUAAAGCCAGACUGGAAGCAUUCUUACAUGUGAUUAACCCUUUAAUUGGCAAUGCGCCCAGACGUGCCCUACUCAAUAAUUUAGUCUGUCUAAUGCCAGAAGAUUUUACUCUGUCUAACGCCAGACGAUUUUACUCGUCAGGCGGAGAGUGCUGCCACUCAAUGGGUUUUAAUCCAUUAUGUUCUAUUGCUCCCAAAUGUAUGCCCUAGUUUAUUAUUUUUCACUGUCUAAAUGCAGAUUAUUUUACUGUGUCUAAUGCCAGACAAUUUUAUGUCAGUGCCAGCACUCAAUGGAUUAAACUCUGUAUGCUCAUUACACGUACAGUACCUUGAUGAAUUUGUUUUAUUUUGUAGCUUAUAGAAGCUGUAGUUCUUCCGUUAACACACAAAGAUCGAUUUGAAAAUUUGGGCAUAAAGCCACCUAAAGGUAUUGUGCAAUAAACAGAUUCUACUUAAAAAUUGAUGAAGCAUGAGGCAUACACUGUAUUAACACUUUAUGUGGCAAUGCACUCUGAUGUGCCCUUCUUUAUUAUUUUACUCUAACACCAGACGAUUUUACUCGUCAAGAGGAGAGUGCUGCCGCUCAAUGGGUUCUUCAGACUAUCUGCCUAUGCAUUCUGUUUACCCUUUAAGUGGCAAUAUGUGCCCUACUUUACUAUUUUAAUCUGCCAGAUGCCAGAUGAUUUUACUCGUCAAGGAGAGAGUGCUGCCACUCAAUGGGUUAAACUAAUUAUUAAAAAUAAACAAUGUUAUUUCAAGAAAUUUUGGCUGUCAGCAAGUCCUGUUCCCCUUUAGUUUAUGAUGGAAAAGACCAAGUCAAUUGCAUACGGGAAUAUUGGCAGAAAAUGUUUGCUAGCUUUUACAGUAGUCACAGAAAGGAUUUAUUUUUUUCCAUGUAGGUGUGUUACUGUAUGGACCUCCAGGCACGGGGAAAACUUUGAUGGCAAGAGCUUGUGCUGCACAGACUAAGGUAAAAAUAAUAACAUGAAUUGUGUGCUUGUUGGUUACUGCAACCACAAGCAGAGUGACUGGGGGGAUGAGCCCCCCCCCCCCUUUUUCCCCUUUGACUCUCCUUUAAGACCACCUUUGAGAGAUGUUUAAAUCUGAGAAUGUGGGGGGGGGGACAAAUGACAAAUUUGUCACAACUACUGUGUAAUAAACAAGACAAAUAAAUGGAAGGAAGUUUUGUUAAUGCUAAGUAAGCGAGCAGAUUUUACUAUUUUUACAAUGCCUUGUUUAUUGUUUUUCGAAGUAAUUCUUAUGGACCAUCUUUUCUUCAGGUAGCAAAUUUGAUUGCAUUUCCGGGGCUGCGAUUUCAAAAUUCCCCAGGAGAUCGUGCCCCCCUCUCUAGCAUGCUCACAGGUUCAGCAUUCACAGCAACCCACCCAAUAAUUACUUCAUAACAUCAUACAUUGUCACCCUCACUUCUGUUUUGCUGGCUAUGCCACUGACUGCAACCCCUUUCGUCCUGACUCCUGUUUGUGUUUUCUUAAAGAAAAACUUAUCUUAAUUAGCCUUUCUCACGAUGACGAAUAUCUGCCAUUUUUGGGUGGCAUCUAAUUCUCGUUAAACAAUGCAGACAAUUAAAACAAUGUGAAAAGCAAUUUUUCAAAAUAAACUAACCAUUUACAAACCAAAUUUACCAUCAUUCGUCCAAAAAAUUAUAAAAGUCGCUGUUAUGUGGACUUAUCUCGCAGACUUCGACUGAAUUGCCACCCCAAAAUGGCGGGCGUUAGAAAGGCUAUCUUAUUUAUAUAUUAAAGAAUAUCUUAUUUAUUUUGACCAUAUGUUGUUUUCUAGUCUACAUUCUUAAAGUUGGCUGGUCCACAGUUAGUUCAGGUACAGUACUCAUUCACAUUGAUUUAGUUAUUUUAGACUUUUUGUAAAAACAAGCCAUGUGUACUGCCUUGUCCACAAGCUGUUCUUAAUUUUCUUGGCUGAAGACAUUGUUCACAUAUCAGUACAGUACAGUACACAAAUCUGUGAAGCCAUUCUCAUAGAAAUUAUUAACAUUUUGUAAUUGUUUAGAUGUAGAAAAAUUACAAACAUUUUGUUAUUGUUUAGGAGUCAUUUUCAUAGAAAUUAUUAACAUUUUGUUAUUGUUUAGAUGUUUAUUGGUGACGGCGCUAAGCUAGUCAGAGAUGCAUUUGCCUUGGCAAAAGAAAAAGCUCCCGCAAUCAUAUUCAUUGAUGAGUUAGAUGCCAUCGGAACAAAAGUAUGACAGACAAUAUAUGACCACGUUUUGUAGCUGGAAAUCUUAGUUUUUUUUAAUUGUUUUGCCUUGCAUUUUAUGCAAUGUAUAACUUAAUUUUUAGCCUAUAGGCUUUCAAAAAUCAUUGGGGGCGGUUGCCCCUCUUACAGCCCUCUUGCAAUUUCAAUUGCUCUUGCAAUUGCAUGGUUUUUAAAAUUGACUUUACAAUAACAAUUUAGAAAAUAAAACUGAAAUGAAAUUUAUGUUUUCAGAGAUUUGACAGUGAAAAAGCUGGCGACAGAGAGGUGGGUAAAAUUUUAUUGACAAGUACUUGAUGUCUUUCUUUCAAUCCUUUGCUUACCAAUUUACAAUUGUGAUUUGUGAUACGCAUUUCAGGUGCAAAGAACUAUGUUGGAACUCCUAAAUCAAAUGGAUGGCUUUAGUUCACACCUUAAUAUCAAGGUGCUGUACAGUAUUGUAUAUAUACUACAAAACAAAGUCUGGAAAAAGUAUCAUAUCUUAGAAUACAUUGAUAUCGAAGGAACUAGACUCAGUUCCGAAAUAUCACCAAUUCGAACCGACUUGACAUCGUAGCUCAGUUGAUAGAGCAUUGGACUAGUAUCCCAAAGGUCGUGGGUUCGAUUCUCACUGUGGCCAGGCAAACUUUUAAGCUUGCAAAACAAAGUCUUAAGUUUGUAAAAAGUACAAACGGUGAAAGCAUAUUGAUUCCGAGCUUUCAUCAGCAGUCUUCACGAUAUAGUUCAUGUUCUUUUAUUAAAUUGGGUUUGAUAUUCACCACAAGAUUUCUCAACUUUCUUGUCAGUGGGGAACUUGUACUCACUUGGAGGCAAACUUGUAUUAGAUUGGAGGCGAGGCGAUCUUGGGGAGGCGAGCUAGUGGACGAACCUAGCAACAGGAUUGGAUUUACUGGGGGGUUCAAGAGGAUGUGCCAAUUUCAUUAUCAAAUCCAUGGUUUUCAAUUUGGAAAGCUAAUAAUAUCUUGUAACCAUUAAAUUAUCAACACGAUUCCAGGGUUUUUUAAGGAUUUUCUCUUGGGUCCGUUUUGCAGAGAAGAUUGAGUUUAGCUGAACAGCUGGGGUCUGGGGUGGCUGUCUCCCCCCUCCCCCCUACCGGGAGGUUGAAACCUGUGCCCACUUUAGUGUAUUUGAGAUGCAAUGUGUUAAAGCAGAGGCACAAAGGGACACUAUAAACUGGUUUAAGACGGCGAAUGUGUUGUUUUUUUCUUGUGAUGUGAAAUGAAUUCCAGCCUUUUUUUACUUAAUUUUCGGGUUUUCAACUGAAAACUAAUUUGCACACGUCAUGAAUUUAACUGAAUUUAACUCAAACGACUUCAUUUUACUGCACAAAAUCUUUUGACGAGAAGAUUGAGUUUCAAAACUCAAUUCAAGAUUGAGUUUUUGGGGCCCUAAAAAAUCCCUGAAAGAAACCCUGGAUUCGUAAAAAGUGAUUUUCUAAACAUACUUUUGUUGUAGGUGAUUGCAGCGACCAAUCGUGUGGAUAUUCUCGACCCUGCUUUACUCAGAUCUGGUACGUCUGUCUCUUGAGAUUGUUGGUCUUAUAUACAGUAGUUCAAAAUCCUUUUUUCAAUCGUGCUACUGUCAUUUAAUCUAACUAGCGUCUAAUUCAUUUUUUUUGGGGGGGGGGUGGAUGGAAAUUUCUCUAGAUGAGGUGGGAAAACUUUCCGAGGGGGCGCAAAAUAUUUUUUGUGGGGGAGGGGUGUUCUGGGCUAAGUUGAUUUUCGCAGUGAAUUUGAGAAGCUUUGUUCAUGAUGAUUUUCUAAAUCCUUUAAAAUCCGAAAUGGUAUGAACCUUAUAGACCCAAAAUAUUAAAUUGUUUGAUGUUUAUUUAUGAUGACUCAUUUUUCCAUUGAUUAAGCGCAAGCGCUCUCCUCAUUGACGAGUAAAAUCGUUCUGAGUUAGUAAAAUAAUAAAGUUUGGUGUAACUCAGUGGGUUAACAUUUCGUUGUUUAGGUCGUUUUGAUAGAAAGAUUGAGUUCCCAAAUCCCAACGAGGAAGCGAGAGCACGGAUAUUACAAAUUCAUUCAAGAAAAAUGAAUGUCAGGUAUAAACUAUUGAAUUCUUAACUUUUAUCCUUCAUUGCAAAGUUUUUACGAUAGCGCUUUAAUAUAUAUUGCCUUCAUUUACCUUAGCUCGGAUGUCAAUUAUGAAGAAUUGUCAAGAUGUACAGACGAUUUCAAUGGUGCUCAGUGUAAAGCUGUGUGCGUUGAAGCGGUAAGUCUGUUACCUUAAUUUGUAACCUUCAGCCCUCAAACACGCAUCGAAAGUGGUUGGGGAAUCCCCUAAGAGUUUUAAUAUUUCACCCAUUUUCCAUAUUAAAUAAAAAUCAUGGCGCGAUGCAACAUUUUAUGAACGGUAACGAUAAAUGGAAUUUUUGAACAAAUUCGUGAACGAAUAUUUUCAAUUACGUUCGUGAAUAUUUGUACUAUAAGGUGUAAGGGUGAAGCUUCGUAAAUUUUGAAAGUAAGAAAAUUAAAUAUGCCUUACAAUAACGCAUAAAGUUACAAAAAGUGUUGCCAAUUUCGCUCCCAACGACAAUAACAAAUUGUACAAAUUCAUCAUCAAAAAGCUGAACUCUGCCUUUAAUCGCCAGAGCAAUAAACAAUUACACGUCACAUAACUGAUAUACAAUUUUACACAAUCCAUACAUAUUAACUACUGGCGUGCCAUUGUAGCACAAUUGUUCUAUUAUAUAUGACUAUCUAAUUUUCAGUCAAGAAUACCAGCAAGCAAGUUUCACCUCUGAGAUCGUGGCCUCGUGGGUUUGAUUUUCGCUACGGACUCAUGCAUAACACUUACGUGAAAAGAGUCGGUCAACGCUCUACCGAAAGUCGUGAAAAAAAAAAAAACUUUCAAAAAAAAACAAAAAACUUUUCAAACUUUCCUCAAAAUCAUGAUAAUGUGAAUUACGGCCUUUUCAAAUUGCAAAAUAUGUAAAUCGUAUCAUUUAAAACCGGCUUCUUAUGCAUGCGUAGCGCCUACUAUACUGUAUUAGAGACCUUACAAUUUUAGGACGGCAACACGACGGCAACGGCUACCAAUACAAUAGAUCAUUGAAAAGAAUUGAGUAAUUACAAUAUAUGAAUAAUUUAGACAUUGUCCUCGCUCGAGAGACGACGUCAUCGGCAAACAUGGUGGAAAUACUCUUAGGCAAAAAAAAAAUAUGUGGGUUUCCGGUUUCCCGACCCUACCUAGCUUUUGGACGUCGAAAUCCCGACCCUAAACUUUUUUAUUGGAUCAUGCUUGUAAGUGUUUCCACUUAGAGGAAAAAGUUUGUGGAAAAUUGAAAUUUGAGGAAAUAUUAGGGAAAUUUAUUUUUGGAUGUGGAAGCACUGGCUAAACAAAAUGGCGUCCGCUUGUUCGGAAAAUUAAAAAAAAAGUUUAAAAAAAAAAGUUAAAACCGACCUACCCUACCUAAGUUUUUAUAAGAAGAAACCGGAAACCCACAUAUUUUUUUUUGGCCUUAGCUUGUGUCAGAUAAGGGGGUUUUUACCGAAAGUCGUGGGUGUUCUCCGGGUACUCUGGUUUUCUCCCACAGGGAAUGCGAACAGGGUGGGUUGGGAUUAUCCCCCUAACCGACCCUUCCACCGUAGCUGUCCUCCGUGAUCAGAGAUGUGUCACAAGGUGGCUGCCAUAUAGUCGUCCUUAGAAAGCCUUCGACUGGAUCAGGUUGAGCUGCGUCCUUCGUAAUUCAGCUUAGCUCUCAGCUGCAAGUAUGAAUGAUUAGCACAUUGUCAUUUCCUAAAGGUGGAGUAAUAUACGGGCAACAAAAUUGCAGCAACUUGCAACAAAAUCUGAUUUCUACGCAUGUUAAGUAGAAAUGUCGACACAUAUUUUAAUGCUGUUCUUAGGGUUUGUAAUCCAAGUGAGUAUAUAUAUACAUUCUAAGACCUGACCAGGAACGACUGCGAAAAAUGCAGCACAAGGUCCUCUGGUAGGAAUUGAACCUACGGCCCUGCGAUUCCGGUGCAGCGCUCUAACCAACUGAGCUACAGAGGCCAGCUGUUGAGCUGUAACCGUAAGUUCGUGUAUAUAUAGGUGAUCGGGUGACGAGGCAUGUCUCAACAUUUCUACUUAACAUGCGUUGAAAUCAGAUUUUGUUGCAAGUUGCAGCAAUUUUGUUGCUCGUAUUACUCCAUGCAGCUUUACUUACUGAUAUAAAUAUUCUGCAGGGCAUGAUCGCAUUAAGACGAGGUGCUACUGAAGUUGGCCACGAAGAUUAUAUGGAUGGUAAGUGUCAAUCAACUUCUGUUCUAAGUUCCUAACUGUUCUCACGCCAAUAUGUUACAUCAUUGUAUGAAAUUUACGGUCGAAAUACGUAGCUAAUAUACUAGUUUCAGGCUGUUUCAUGUCACUGAAUGAACAUUAUGUACUUCAUUCUAAAGAGUCUUGAGUUUGUAGUCUUUGUACCAGGAAUUAUCGCACCCUGCCUGACACUGGCAUCACCUGAAUAUAUAUACGUAAACUUGUGGUUAGAGCUCAACAACUGGACUCUGUAGCUCACAGUUGGUCAGAGUCGCAGGUUUGAGGGGCCUGUAGUUGCAUUUUUCGCAACUGUUCCCCAUUAGGUCUAAAUGAAUGUAUAAAAGUUACACUCCAUCUACAAUCUUAUUAUUAGCCAUUCCGAAGUUGAUGAGAGGACUGGGGACGAGUGUUAAAAAGUGCCCAAAUUAAGAAAUGAACCAAAUCACUAAAAAGACCACCUCAAAAUUACUAAGUAUACAAAGUUUGAGGACGUUUACAUGAAUACCCUUCGAAUAAUAAGCUUUCGAAAGUCGUGAUAUUUACUACGAAAUGUACUGUAAUUUUUUUGGGGGGCGUCCCCAAAACAAUCUUUUAAUCAGUAAUUUCACAAUUUUCGAAAGCUUAUUAUUCGAAGGAUAUUCAUGUAAACGUCUUCAAACUUUGUAUACUUACUAAUUUUGAGGUGGUCUUUUUAAUGAUUUGGUUCAUUUCUUAAUUUGGGCACUUUUUAACACUCGUCCCCAGUCCUCUCAUGAACUUCGGAAUGGCUAAUUGUUCCUGGUGUCAUGCACUCAGGUAAAGAUAUAUGUUUAUGAUGUUUCUCUGAGUGUGAUCACAACGGAUAAGCUGAAAAGUUUGCUUGAUCGCGAUGGGAAUCGAACCCGCAACCUCUGGUGUGCUAGUCCAAUGCCAAUAAAUACCAUACAGAGGUCUCACUUCUUAUUAGGUUCAACCUAAGGGGUUUUUCCAGUCCGCCAUGUUCUUAGCAAGUCUUGCAGGCCUUAAAAUAUCUUUUACAGGGCCGUCUGACAAAAUGUCCGGUGACGUUGAAUUUGGGUCGGACAUAUGUCCGAUGACCUUCAGUUCAGUUUUGACUCGGAAAUAAGUCUGAAUGACACAAAUGAAUAAAUGGUAAAUGUUGUAAAGAUAUUAAAUAAUUUGUUCCUUUCAUACUUAUUUCAAAGCCAAAAUUAACUUGCUUUCCAGAACAGCAGUAUUAAAAAAAGACUUCGACAACUUAAGCCCGUUUUCCACUUCACCAUUUCGCUCGCCGCCCCACGCUCGACUACGUUAAUUAAAACAACAUUUCCAGUUCACCUUUUAUACAAUAGUACUCUGAUUUUUCAUUUAACAUACAAGCCUCUAGUCCUGGGCUAGGAUACAUUUUGAUUUACGUCGGACAAAGCUACAGUUCGGUCGGACACCAAUACACUCGGGUCGGACAAACAAUAAACCUCAGUUUCACCUUGGUCGGACAGAAUGUCCGGUGGUUUCCUUUCUACGUCGGUCAAUUUCACGAAUGGGUCGGACAAUGUCCGUGACCGACCGAUAUUUUAAGGCCUGCAAGUGCACUAAAGAGAGGCCGUCACCCCCCUGAAAACAUAUUGAAAUUUAAUGUUCCAGGGGUGAAUACCUCUAUGGCACUUGCUAAGAAAUACCUCUAUGGCACUUGCUAAGAACAUGAUACAGUAUGCGUAGUAAAAAGUACCUUACGUUUUUCUCGCGAAGUGAGACCUCUCUAUGGUUAGUACUCUGUGCUAAUGCUCUACCAACUGAGCUACGAAGUCGGUUCGAGAUACUACCCACAAACAUAUGGUCUCUUUAUUUCUAGGUAUUUUGGAAGUUCAAGCCAAGAAGAAAACUAACUUGGCGUAUUAUGCUUAGACAUUGGUGAGAGGCCGCAAAAUUUCUUAACAUAACUACAUAACUGCAUAGUCCUUCAGCCGUUCCGCACGUUGUAACCAAUAAUCUAAUGUAAUUGUAAACCGAUCGUAUGCAAUAACUUAUUGGGAUAGAUGAACCUAACCCUAAUCUAACUCCAUCUCUAACCCUAAUAUGAUCUUAAUGUAACUCUAAUCUUAAUCUGACAGUAAUCCAAACUUGAUGACCAUUUUUGGGCGAUUACAUUUAUAACAACAAGUCUUGUCCAAUGCUUGUAGUUUUGUCUUUAGAUGCGCAGAUCAUAUCCAAAUUACGUUUUAACUGAGUUUCCCCAAUAAGUUAUUACAUACAAUCGGGUUUAUAAUUACAUUAGAUUAUUGGUUAAAACACGUGGUCAAAACGUGCGGAACGGGUGCAGGCUCUUAAUUUUUCUUCCUUAUCGGCGACUUAGAGUAAAUCUAACUUGGACUAUACCUUUACCAAAAUGUACACAAAAAUCUACACAAAUAUUAAACUAACAUUCGAACAAUCGAAUUUAUUACAAAAAACGUAUACAAGUAUACAUAUAAAAUAUAAAAUUCUCUCUAAAACUGAGAGAUUACUAUUCACUCUUUAAAACUGAGAAAUUUAUACAUCUAUGUAUUCUCUAUAAAAUUGAGAAGUUCUAAGCGUAUUAAGGUAUUACGUAUUUCAUUGAAAACGAUAGAGUUUAACUUUUCACAACAAAAGUAGUAUAAAAUAUUCUGAACUGUAAACCAGUUUACGAUCCUUACAUGAAGUGCUGUAGUUCUUCACACCAGCGGUCAUUGUCCUGCAGUUCGCUGAGCAAAUCAUCAAGUGAGUCCGCGAUGUCUUCAGCUGGGGGUACUUCAUGUUGUGUGACACUAUGAUGAUGACUUGAUGUUCCCAGGUCAACUUGUUGACAUUCCUGUUGAGGUUUUGCCAUCUUGCUACAGUUGUGUUGGUCGAGCAAGCAUUGCAGCUUCUUUACUUCGUCUUUGAACUUUUGAAUGUCAUUCUCUAACGUACUGUUCAUCCCUUCGUACUUGUCAAUUUUCUGAAAAAUUAAGUAUAGUUUAGCUCACAGAAAAACUGUUUAUACACAGGGGCGGGAAAAGUAUAGGACCACGGUACCAUUGGUCACAAAGCCCACACAGUAUGGCCAUGCUUUUGGCUUAAGAGUUAAGGCCAUGCUUUUAGC